GGUACCAACAGUCGAAUUGCUCCAAAAUUUACUUUACAAUAUGAAACGCCCUCAUGCGACCCCGAAAAAGGCCACAGCGCACAAAGCGCACAAGCGGCAAAAAGUCGAGGAUUUCGCCAAACCCCUACCUGUUACUGCGAAGCCGAGACGCAGAGUACAGCUCGACGAGCUAGGCUGGAAAACGGUUUCCAUGCCGGAUCGCUUGGAGGAUACAGAGGGAUUCUAUGGGCUUGAAGAGAUUGACGACGUUGCGAUUGUGAAGGAUCCCGCGACGGGAAAUGUGCAUUUUGAGACUACCAAGACGGAGGACGAGGUUGCGAGGGAUGUCGAGGAGGCGUGGAUGCAGCAUGAAGAGGAGGCGAGGAGGUUGGAGAAGAUAACUUUUGGGGAGGAUCAGGAGUCUGAGGGCGCUGAAGAUGGUGAGGACGCUGAGGACAGUCCCGAGGAAGAUGGCGCGGCGGAGGCCGAGGCGCAAGAAGACGAGCCUGAAUGGGAGGGCUUUAGCGACGAAGAGCCCGGGACAGAAGCGACCAAGCCUGCAACAAACGGUGACUCUGGGAUAAAAAAAGAGACCAAGACGGAGAAGAAGAAGAGGCUCAAGGAGGAGCGGCUAAAGAGACAGGAGGAGGAAAAGGCAAACAAACAAGACAAAACGGACGAUGACGAGGAACCCGACACAGACGAUCGUGAAGACGGUGAGACUUUUGGUCCCGGCGCCUUCGAUAUACUCGCCAACCAGCCAGUCGACGAUAGCGACGAAGAAGAUGUAUCCGCCUGGGCAAAGCUGGACCUCUCUGAAGAAUUGCUAGGAUCAUUGGCAAAGCUCAGGUUUUCGAAACCCACCGAUAUCCAAGCAGCAAGUAUACCUGAGAUCAUGGCUGGUAGAGAUGUCAUUGGAAAGGCUUCUACUGGUUCGGGCAAGACGCUUGCUUUUGGCAUUCCAAUUGUAGAGUCGUUCCUCGCCUCCCGCUCGGCCUCCAAAGACACAGAAAACAAGAAUCCUCUUGCCCUCAUCAUUGCGCCGACUCGAGAGCUUGCCCACCAGAUCAACGAGCAUCUCGUUAAGCUCUGUGCAAAGGGCGAUUUUGACGCCCCGUACAUUGCAUCCAUUACGGGUGGCCUGUCCGUACAGAAGCAGCGCAGGCAGCUGGAGAAGGCAGACAUUGUCGUCGGAACCCCAGGACGACUCUGGGAAGUGAUUAGCAGCGGGCAAGGCCUGCUUGCAAAGUUCGAGCAGAUCAAGUUCCUUGUCGUCGACGAAGCUGACCGCCUGUUGAGCGAGGGCCAUUUCAAGGAAAUGGAUGAUAUUCUCAAGGUCCUCGAGCCCGACGAUGAACUAGACGAGGGUACCAAUCCAGCAGACACGCCAGAGGCUCAGCGCCAGACACUCGUGUUUUCCGCAACCUUUGGUAAGGAUCUACAGAGAAAGCUCGCGGGCAAGGCCAAAUUCAGCGGCGACAUGAGCCAGCAACAGUCGAUGGAGUAUCUGCUGAAGAAGCUUCGCUUUCGCGAAGACAAACCCAAAUUCAUCGACGCAAACCCUACCUCGCAGAUGGCCAGCAAACUGCAGGAAGGUCUUAUCGAAUGCGCCGGUACUGAGAAGGAUCUGUACCUAUACUCGCUCCUCAUGUUGUACACCAACAAGCGCGCCCUCGUCUUCACAAACUCCAUCUCGGCCGUCCGCCGCAUCACACCCUUUCUCACGAAUCUAGCGCUGCCCGCUCUCCCGCUGCACUCUAACAUGCCGCAGAAAGCGCGACUCCGCUCCAUCGAGCGCUUCAAAGAACGGCCGGGGUCCAUCCUCGUCGCCACCGACGUCGCCGCCAGAGGCCUCGAUAUUCCAAAAGUCGAACUCGUCAUCCACUACCAUCUCCCCCGCGCCGCAGACACAUAUGUGCACCGCUCCGGGCGCACAGCGCGCGCCGACGCCUCUGGCGCCAGCAUUCUCAUCUGUGGGCCCGAGGAGGUCGCCGGUGUCCGCAGGCUAAUUGCCAAGGUACAUGCUCGGGCUGUGGAUGCGCCCAAGACGAAAAAAACCGCCUUCUUCAUCCGCACGCUCGACAUUGACCGCCGCAUCGUCGCGCGCCUGAAACCACGCGCCACAAUCUCCAAGCGCCUCGCCGACACCGUCAUUGCAAAGGAGAAAAAACACUCGGAAAACGACUUGUUGCGCCAGGCCGCCCAAGACCUCGGCGUCGAAUACGACACCGACGACCUCGACAAAGACGUCAAGGGCAAGCGCGGCCGUGGAACAGGCCGCAAGAAGCGCGAGAGAGAGGCGAGUCAAAUGACUAAAGCGGAAAUGCAGGCGCUCAGAGCAGAGCUCAGGACUUUGCUUGCCCAGAGGAUCAACACGGGUGUUAGCGCGAGAUAUCUUACCAGCGGUGGUAUUGAUGUUGAUGCCUUGGUUGCUGGCGAGGGUAACAUGCAGUUUUUGGGUCGGGUCGAGGGUCUGGGGUUUGAUGACGAUGAUGAUGAUGAUGAUGACGACGAGUGA